AUGUCGACCUCUGGUGGAAAUUCAGUAAAAGAGUCCCACUUUAUUAGUAAUGAUAUAUCAAAUUCUGAUAGAAUUGAGCUCACUUCUGAAGACGGAACUACUAAAGAAUACAAAGGGCUUGAUAUAUAUAAUAGUGAAAUUAAAAAGCUUGCAAGAACCGUUUCUUCUAGUGGAGAUAACAAUGCGGAAGGUCUAGCUAGUUGUUUAUCAAGCAUGUCUCAUGUGCCUGGUAUUUCCCCAUAUCACGGUAAUAUCAAGCCUUCAUUGGAUCCCAAUAGCGAUGAGUUCAAUGCUAAACUUUGGGUCAAAAAUUUGAGGAAAUUAAUUGAUUAUGAUCAUAAUUAUUAUAAGCCUUCAUCUCUAGGUAUAGCAUAUAGAGAUUUAAGGGCCUACGGUAUUUCUGUUGAUUCAGAUUAUCGAGCAACAAUAUCAAACGUUAUACUAAAGCUUUCACUGGUGGUAUAUGAUUUUUUAAAGAUGACGGAUUCUAACAAGAAUUUUGAUAUUUUGAAGUCUAUGGAUGCUAUUAUGAAACCCGGUGAAUUAACGGUAGUUUUGGGAAGACCUGGCUCUGGUUGCUCAACUUUAUUAAAAACAAUAUCAUCACAUACCUACGGUUUUAACUUAGGGGAAGAAUCGAAAAUUUCAUAUGAUGGUUUAACUCCGAAAGAUAUUGAAAACAACUACAGAGGCGAUGUUAUUUAUUCAGCCGAAACUGAUAUCCAUUUCCCCCAGUUAACAGUUGCUGAUACAUUAGAAUUUGCUGCAAGAUUGAGAACUCCACAAAAUAGAGGUAAUGUUGACCGUGAAACAUACGCUAAGCAUAUGGCAUCUGUUUACAUGGCCACGUAUGGGUUAUCUCAUACUAGAAAUAGCAAAGUCGGUAAUGAUUUCGUUAGAGGCGUUUCUGGAGGAGAAAGAAAAAGAGUUUCUAUUGCCGAAGCUUCGCUAUCUGGUGCCAACAUUCAAUGUUGGGAUAAUGCCACUAGAGGUUUAGAUGCAGCUACAGCAUUGGAAUUCAUUAAAGCCUUGAAAACAUCAGCAACCGUUUUAAAUGCCACUCCUUUGAUUGCUAUUUAUCAAUGCCUGCAAGAUGCUUACGAUCUUUUUGAUAAUGUUAUUGUUCUAUACGAAGGUUAUCAAAUAUUUUUUGGUAAAACUGAAAAAGCAAAAGACUUUUUUUUUAACAUGGGCUACGAAUGUCCUUCAAGACAGACAACUGCAGAUUUCUUAACUUCUUUAACUAACCCUCCUGAACGUGUUGUCAGGUCUGGAUAUGAAAGCUUGGUUCCAAGAAAUCCAAAAGAAUUUGAAGCGUACUGGAAAAAUUCACCUGAUUAUUUAUCCUUAGUUGCUGAGAUUGAUAAAUAUAUUAAUAGCGAGGAAACCAAACAGCAAAAGGGAAGCUACCAUGAAUCUCAUGUUGCGAGACAAUCUGAUCAUAUUUCUCCUAGAUCUCCAUAUAUAGUGUCUUUCAUGAUGCAGACUAAAUAUAUUAUUGGUCGCAAUAUACUUAGAAUGAAAGGAGAUCCCUCAAUUUCUAUUUUUAACAUCUUUGGCCAAUUAUUCAUGGGCUUAGUUUUGGCUUCCGUCUUUUAUAAUUUAGACCUGAGUGUUGACUCAUUUUAUUACAGAGGGGCUGCUAUUUUCUUUUCAGUUUUGUUUAACGCAUUUUCCACAUUAUUGGAAGUCAUGAGUUUAUUUGAAGCCAGAACUAUUGUUGAAAAACAUAAGAAAUACGCUCUAUACAGACCAUCUGCAGAUGCUUGUGCUUCAAUUAUUACUGACUUACCUGUGAAGUUAUUCAUGUCUAUGUCGUUCAAUUUUCCUAUGUAUUUUAUGGUGAAUUUGCGGCGUGCCCCUGGUCGGUUUUUUUAUUAUUGGUUAAUGACUUUUCUUUGUAUGUUAGUGAUGUCCCAUUUAUACAGAUGUUUGGGUGCUAUUGCUACAUCAUUGGCUGGUGCUAUGAUUCCAGCGACUAUAUUAUUAAUAGGUAUGGUUAUCUUCACUGGAUUCGUUAUCCCAACUCCAUAUAUGCUCGGUUGGUCACGCUGGAUUAACUAUAUCAAUCCUAUUGGGUAUAUUUUUGAAGGUUUGAUGGCUAAUGAAUUUGCAGAUAGGAUAUUUAAUUGCACAUCUUUUGUCCCAUCAGGACCUGAUUACCAAGCAGUAGAACCUAAUCAACAAAUUUGCUCAGCUGUAGGAGCUAGAGCUGGCAUUAACUACGUCAAUGGGUCCGAUUAUAUUGCCAUUGCUUAUUCUUAUUAUAAUUCGCAUAAAUGGAGAAACUUUGGUAUUGCGGUUGCAUUUAUUGUUUUCUUCUUAGGUGUCUAUAUUUUACUAACAGAAUUUAACAAAGGUGCAAUGCAAAAAGGAGAAAUAGUCUUGUUUUUAAGAUCAACGUUAAGGAGGCGCAAGAAGGAAUCCCGAAAGUGUAAACCUGGGAAUAAUGAUAUUGAAAAUGGAAUCAUUGAUGAAGUCAUUAACCAUAAGGAUGAGAUUGAUGCUAUUAAUAGCACUGCAUCGCCUGGCAUUUUGAAGCAUGAUGAUGCUCCUGCGGCUGAUAUAUUUUUUUGGAAGGACUUAACUUAUCAAGUGCAAAUUAAAUCCGAGGAACGAGUUAUUUUGGACCACGUAGAUGGCUGGGUUAAACCUGGCCAAUUGACAGCUUUAAUGGGAUCAUCGGGCGCUGGAAAGACCACAUUGUUAAAUUGUCUAUCGGAGCGUGUAACUACUGGUAUUAUAUCAGAUGGAGUAAGAAUGGUAAAUGGACAUUUGUUGGAUAGCUCUUUUCAGAGAUCUAUUGGUUAUGUUCAGCAGCAGGAUUUGCAUUUACCUACCUCUACCGUCCGUGAGGCAUUGAAAUUUUCGGCAUAUUUGAGGCAACCUGAUUCUACUUCUAAGAAAGGAAAGAAUGAAUACGUCGAGUAUAUAAUCAAUCUUUUAGAAAUGAAUACUUAUGCAGACGCAUUAGUUGGUGUUGCUGGAGAAGGCUUAAAUGUUGAACAAAGAAAAAGGUUGACUAUUGGCGUUGAAUUAGUAGCCAAGCCUAAAUUGUUGAUAUUCUUGGAUGAACCUACCUCAGGCUUAGACUCUCAAACUGCAUGGUCUAUUUGUAAGCUAAUGAGGAAGUUAGCAGAUAAUGGGCAAGCAAUAUUAUGUACUAUACAUCAACCUUCUGCUGUUUUAUUGAAAGAGUUUGACCGUUUGCUAUUUUUACAGAAAGGUGGUCAAACUGUUUACUUUGGAGAACUCGGUGAAGGAUGUUCUACGUUAAUUAAUUAUUUUGAAAAAUAUGGGUCUCACCCAUGCCCCGAAGGUUCAAACCCAGUUGAAUGGAUGUUAGAGGUUGUUGGUGCUGCUCCGGGUUUCCGUGCUAAUCAAAACUACCAUGAAGUUUGGAAAGGGUCUCACGAAUAUAAAGUUGUCAGAUAUGAAAUAGAAACAAUGGAGAAAGAAUUAGUUACUAAACCAAAAGAAUUGGUGGCAGGAGAACAUACAAAAUAUGCCGCACCAAUAUGGAAACAGUACCUAAUUGUAACUACUAGGGUGUUUCAACAGAAUUGGAGAUCGCCUGCUUAUAUCUAUGGUAAGUUUUCCAUGGUUAUUAUAGUAUCUUUAUUCAACGGAUUUGCUUUCUUUAAAUCUGAUCGUUCAUUGCAAGGACUACAAAAUCAAAUGUUUUCCUUGUUUGAAUUUAUGAUUCCAUUAAUUACUUUGAUUCAACAAAUGAUGCCAUAUUUCAUUGAACACCGAAGUUUAUACGAGGUGCGCGAAGCGCCUUCUAAAAUGUAUUCUUGGUUCACAUUUAUCGCAGCCGAGGUUACAUCUGAAAUACCUAUUCAAAUAGUUGUCGGUACUUUAGCUUUCUUGUGUUGGUUCUAUCCAGUAGGGCUAUAUCAGAAUGCCGAGAUUACCGAUUCUGUCGACUCACGUGGCAUUUUAAUGUGGUUGUUUAUUAUAUGUUUCUUUAUCUAUACGUCUACUUUGGGUCAAUUGUGCAUUUCAUUUUCUGAGGUACCCGAAAAUGCUGCCAAUUUAGCUACUACCCUUUUUACAUUGAGUUUGCUAUUCUGUGGGAUUCUUUCUACUCCUGGUGCGAUGCCAGGAUUUUGGAUAUUUAUGUACCGGGUUUCACCCAUGACAUAUAUGACUGGUGGCACGCUAGGUACGGCUUUAGCGAACAAUAAGGUGACUUGCUCUCAAAGCGAAUUAUUAAUUUUUGAUGCACCAGCUGGAAAAACAUGUGGAGAUUACAUGAAAAAGUAUAUAAGUAAAGCAGGAGGAUAUUUGACUAAUCCCUCCUUUAGCAAAGGAUGUGAAUUUUGUGAAAUGGCUUCCACAAAUGAUUAUUUGGAAUCUAUCAAUAUCCAUUUUAAUGAGAGGUGGAGAGAUUUUGGGAUAUUCAUUGCUUACAUAGCUAUCAACAUUAUCGGAACUUUUGUUUUCUAUUGGCUUGCUAGAGUCCCGAAAAGUAAUAGAGAGAAGAAGAAAUGA